AUUUUUUUCCUCGGAUAACUUCUUCCCUAUCCUAUCCCUCCCGAGUCAGUACAAUAAAGUUUUUAAUUGUUUACGCUUAUCGAUGCAAAUACAUCUGACUGAAAAUGGACACAUUUUCCGUAGCUGCAAUCUUGCUCCCUUCACUCACCCUCUUCUCCUUCUCUUUUGGCUUCACAUGCCCCCUCUCUCUUUCUAAUAAAUCCCCAUUUCCUUGAGGAUUAAAACAUCUUUUUCCCUCUCUGGGUUCCUCUGUUUUUAUAACCUCUUUCAAGUCAAUGCUUAGCUAUAUGUCUUCGUUACUGGUAAAGAUGGAGUCUUUAUGAAGCUCAGGAAUGCUGGAAAGUGGGAAGUUCUGAAGAUUUGAGCUGAAGGAGUGAAAAGGGUUCUUGCCAUUUGUUUCAUCUGAGCUAAAAUAUCAAUUCCAUUUUUUGCUGGCGCCCAAAAUGACUAUGAGCAACCUCAAAUUGGGUGUUGAAGUGGUUAGCGCACACAAUCUUCUCCCCAAAGAUGGCCAAGGUUCAUCCAGUGCUUGUGUAGAACUGUACUUUGAUGGUCAGAGCUUUCGUUCCACUAUUAAGGAAAAAGAUCUCAAUCCAGUAUGGAAUGAGAGCUUCUACUUCAACAUUUCUGAUCCUUCAAUUCUCCAUAAUCUCCAUCUCGAUGCUCACAUCUACAAUAUUGUUAAAGCCACUCAAUCCAGAUCUUUCCUAGGAAAGGUCAGCAUCAGUGGUACUUCAUUUGUCCCAUAUUCAGAUGCUGUUACCUUGCAUUAUCCUCUUGAAAAGCGCGGCUUGUUUUCUCGAGUGAGAGGAGAGCUUAGCCUUAGAGUUUAUAUAACGGAUGACCCAUCAAUAAAGUCAUCCGUACCCAUUCCUGAUUCUGAGAACAGUCCAGUACAAAAUGGAUCAAUUGGCAAUGUGCAACCGGUCAAUGUCCCUAAAGUCAAAUCUGAGGCGAGGCACACCUUUCACCAUCUUCCGAAUCCCAAUCAGAGCCAACAGCCGAGUCAGCCUCCUCCUGUUGUGCUGCCACAGCAGCUAACAAAACAUAUGGCUGAUGAGAUGAAGGCUCCUGAGCCAAUGCCUCCAAAACUAGUAAGAAUGCACUCUGCAUCCUCAGCUCAACCCGCUGAUUAUGCCCUCAAGGAAACCAGUCCAUAUCUUGGAGGUGGAAGAGUUGUAGGUGGCCGUGUUAUCCGUACAGAUAAAAAAGCUUCUUUUACUUAUGAUCUUGUUGAGCAAAUGCACUUCCUUUUUGUUAGAGUUGUCAAGGCUCGUGAGCUACCAGCCAUGGAUGUUACCGGUAGUUUAGAUCCAUAUGUGGAAGUGAGGAUUGGAAACUACAAAGGCAUUACUAAGCACAUUGAAAAGCACCAGAAUCCCAUGUGGAAUGUGGUAUUUGCAUUCUCAAGAGAGAGGAUGCAAGCUUCAAUGCUUGAAGUUGUUGUAAAGGACAAAGAUCUAAUGAAAGAUGAUUUUGUAGGUAUAGUCAGAUUUGAUCUGAAUGAGGUUCCGAUGCGUGUUCCUCCAGAUAGUCCUUUGGCUCCAGAGUGGUAUAGGCUUCAGGACAAGAAGGGAGAUAAGGUCAAGGGUGAACUGAUGCUUGCAGUUUGGAUCGGCACCCAAGCUGAUGAAGCUUUCCCUGAUGCAUGGCAUUCUGAUGCAGCCACUCCUAUUGACAGCUCAGCAGCUACCCUGGCUGCACUCCGCUCUAAGGUUUAUCAUGCUCCCCGUUUGUGGUAUGUUCGUGUCAAUGUUGUUGAAGCUCAGGACUUGGUUCCAGUUGAUAGAGCCCGCUUUCCUGAUGCAUAUGUGAAGGCACAGAUAGGACACCAAGUUCAGAGAACAAAGCCUAUUCAGGCUCGAAACUUCAAUCCCCUCUGGAAUGAAGAUCUCAUAUUUGUAGCACCUGAACCAUUUGAAGAUCAUCUUAUUCUUUCAGUUGAGGAUCGUGUGGCUCCUGGGAAAGAUGAGAUCCUAGGGAGGGUUAUUAUACCGCUGACCAUGGUGGAGAAGCGUGCUGAUGAUCGAAUUGUGCAUUCCCGCUGGUUUAAUCUGGAAAAGCCGGUGCUGGUGGAUGUUGAUCAGCUCAAGAAAGAGAAGUUUGCUAGCAGGCUCCAUCUUCGAGUCUGCCUAGAUGGCGGCUACCAUGUACUUGAUGAAUCCACCCAUUAUAGCAGCGAUCUACGCCCCACGGCAAAGCAGCUAUGGAAACCACCAAUGGGUAUUUUGGAACUUGGCAUCCUUAAUGCUGUAGGUCUUCAUCCAAUGAAGACGCGGGAUGGAAAAGGCACUUCAGAUACAUACUGCGUAGCCAAGUAUGGUCAUAAGUGGAUCCGAACUAGAACAAUUGUUGAUAACUUGAGUCCAAAGUACAAUGAGCAGUAUACUUGGGAGGUUUUUGAUCCAGCUACAGUUCUUACUGUUGGUGUCUUUGAUAACAGCCACCUUGGGGAUAAUGGUUCUAAUGGUGGUAGCAAGGACUUGAAGGUAGGAAAGGUUCGAAUUCGAAUUUCAACACUUGAGACCGGCCGAGUGUAUACUCAUUCUUAUCCAUUACUGGUUCUCCAUCCAACUGGUGUUAAGAAGAUGGGUGAACUACAUUUGGCAAUUCGCUUCACAUGCACAUCGUUUGCGAACAUGAUGUACAUCUACUCAAAACCGUUGUUGCCGAAGAUGCACUACAUAAGGCCUUUCACUGUCAUGCAGCUUGACAUGCUGCGACACCAAGCUGUAACCAUUGUGGCAACAAGGCUAGGUCGAGCAGAGCCCCCACUGAGAAAGGAAGUGAUAGAAUACAUGUCUGAUGUGGACUCACACCUCUGGAGCAUGAGGAGAAGCAAGGCAAAUUUCUUCCGUUUGAUGUCAGUUUUCUCAGGAUUAUUUGCUGUUGGGAAAUGGAUGGGUGAUAUCUGCAUGUGGAAGAAUCCGAUCACGACAGUGCUUGUUCAUUUGCUGUAUCUCAUGCUAGUUUCCUUCCCGGAGCUGAUUUUACCAACAAUUUUCCUUUACAUGUUUCUGAUCGGAAUAUGGAAUUUCCGCUACCGCCCUAGGUAUCCUCCACACAUGAACACAAAGUUGUCUCAAGCUGAGGCUAUUCAUCCUGAUGAACUCGAUGAAGAAUUUGACACAUUUCCAACUAGUCGAAGUCCAGACCUGGUUCGCAUGAGGUAUGAUCGACUGAGAAGUGUAGCUGGGCGGAUUCAGACGGUUGUGGGGGAUAUCGCAACUCAGGGAGAACGUUUUCAAUCAUUGUUGAGUUGGAGAGACCCACGGGCUACUGCAAUAUUUGUUACAUUCUGCCUGGUGUUUGCAUUGGUUAUGUACGUGACUCCUUUCCAGGUAAUUGCUGGCCUAUUUGGCGUGUAUGCAAUGAGGCAUCCAAGAUUUCGCUAUCGUGUACCUUCUGUGCCUAUCAACUUCUUCCGCAGGUUGCCUUCAAGGACCGACAGUAUGUUGUAAAUCAGUCUGUUGUCAUAAUAAUUGUUUGCUAGUCUAGAUAUUACUAUCUGGUUAGGUCACUAUAUUAAUCUUUUCCUUCUUUGUACUUAAUUCUGACCCUUUGAAGUUUGAAGUAGACAUCUAUAUCAUUCUCUAUUUGUACUAAUAAGUCAUACUUAACGUUUCUGGUGGUA